GCUCGCGCUCGAGCUCUAUUAAGUGGGCGUGUAUGCAUUAGUAACACAUACAGCACAGUCAGUCAGACCUACCUCUAAUUCAUAGCAGUUCCACUAAAAUAGAAGAAAAUACUACUGACUUAUCUUAGAAGUUAGUACAGGUGUAAUUCUAUUGCCAAUUUGUGACAUUUUACAUUUAGAGAUAAAGUAUUAUCUGUAAUGGAGGAAUUAGAAUACCACGUAAUUUUCCCCACCAACUUUUCACAAGGCAAAUCUGGAGUCUCUGAUGAUGCUUCUGCUGUUCGGAAGAGAACUGACAUGAACACAGUUCCUGCAAUUUUUCUGCUUGGUUGGUACGGAUGUCAGGACAAGCACCUUGCAAAAUACGGGUCAAUUUACCAAUCUAAAGGCUUCAUCACGAUCCGCUACAUUCUGCCGCACGACUACAUUUUCUCAAGGAAAAAGAACGCUAUUCGUAAUGUUGCGCUGAAGGUCUUGGAAGCAUUCUUCGACCUUGGUCUUGAAGAGAACCCCAUCUUCUUCCAUGCUUUCAGCAAUGGUGGGGGAUAUGUCUACAGGCACUUGACCGAGAUAGUGAAUGGAACGAGUCCUGGUCAAAAUGCUAAGCUGAAGAUCGUUGGCAUCAUAUGCGACAGUAUGCCUUCGUAUCCAACAGCCACCACUGCUUACCGGGCAAUGGUUUCAGCGAUGCCUCCAACACAACACUGGUUCAUCAAAUUCAUCAAGUCUCUGGGGAUUUGGAUUUUUUUCAUGGUGCUCUCAUUUAUUUCUUAUAUAAGGAGAGGAGUAUCAGACCGUGAUACCUACUACAAAGCAAUGCUUGCGGACAGGAUGCGGUGUCCCCAGCUGUUUUUGUAUUCAAAGAAAGAUCAGAUUGUUCCCUACAAAGAUAUCCAGGGAGUGAUUGCAGAAAGGCGUCGACAAGGCUUUGAUGUCCAGGAGGUGGUGUGGGAUGACACGGAUCAUGUCGCUCAUCUUCGGAAACAUCCUCAAGAAUAUGCUUCUGCUUGUCUGAAGUUUGUGAAUUACUGCUUGGAACGAGUUAAACAAGACUAGAGAUACCUGUAUAGGGAGAGGAGUGAGGGAUUUUCCAGAUCUUUAAAGAUUUGAUGACUAUUUGCAUUCUGCAAAUGUCUUUAGAGAUUUACUUGACCAAUUUUGGGUGUAGAUAUUAAUUGCUGUCUGGGGUCUACACUGAAUCAGAAACAGAUGUAAAAUCAAAUCAGAAAACAGAUGUAAAAUAAGAAAAUAAUUUGGAGUUUUGCUUAUCUUUUACAAUACAGUUAGGCUUAUUCAAAAUGUAUGCAAAUGAUUUAUGAGAGAGCCGAUGACAUCGCUCACAUUUUUUUUUUCAAUGUGUAAAAUAUAUUUCUUUUGAUUGUCAUGUGAAACAAUGUUUAUUAUUCCUCCCUUAUCAUGUGAGAUGUCCAUUGACUUAAUAUUUUAUGGUUCAAUCAAGAGAGUCUUUAUUGUCAAAUCUGUAAAAAAUGAAAUAUUGUUUAAUUCAAACAAUAAAAAACAAAAUAGUGACAUCAUCCGCUCUCUCAUUGAUAACUGUUAUGUGAAAAUAAGCGAAAGUUUGAAAUGCCAAAACUUUAUUUUACACACGAUUUUGAUGAAAUUUUCAGCCUUAUGCUUGCUUGAUCUUUCUCUAUUGAUUCAAAUCAACUUUUUUUUGAGGAUGGAUGUGCAUUUACUAAGCACUAAAGACCAAGUCAUUCCCAACAAAAGUUUGUUUUGUAUAAAAAAAAGAAAAUUAAAACCAUUUUCAACUCUGACAAUGAAAGAAAAUAAAGUUUUGCAUAAUAAUCCACAAAACAAUAAUUAUGUACAUGUAAAUUACAUUUUCUGGAUGGCAUGCAAAAGGGGAACCAUCAAACUUGCUAUGUCUUUUGUAUUUAGCAAAUAUAAUAUAUUUUAAUAAUAAGAUGUGAAAUAAGUUGAGAUUCCUAACUGAACCUACAGGUGGAAUUAGUGUUUAUGCAACCUCUUGGGAUUUAAUUGAUACCUUUUGAAUGGUGAAGCAAAUUUUGAAAUAUUUUGAUCUUUUAAAGUCAGGAUCAAGUCAGGUUUGAAAAAAAGGUAGGCAUAUGUCACUUGAAGUGAAAAAAAAGGAAAAAAAGAGGUACAUGUUUCUGAGUUUUGUCCAAACCUGUGUAAGAUUUGGAAUGGGAAAAAAAUUUAAGAUCAUCUCAAAAACUCAAAUACACCAUUGUUUUAUUUUUGGCUUCACUGUUAUGUAACUUCAGACACAUGCUUGUAUUUGAAACUCUAUUCUAAAUGAGAUCAGUGUUUUACAUCCAAAUAGCAUUUAUUCAUUUUAGGCAAGCUUGUGUGUGUGUACACCCAUGGCGUACACAAUAUGCAGCUGACUUGAAUGAAAUAUCCUAACAUUUUCUGUCAUAAUGAGGAUAAAAAAUAUAGUUCUAUAAUUAUGAAUAAGUAAUACAGUGUAACUAAGGUAAGUGUUCAUGUAUCCAGUCAAUUUCUUUUAAAUCUAUUUUCAUCUAUUAUCAGCAAGCCAGGUGAUAUCAUAUUUUCUGUAUUGAGGUUAAAAGGUCAAAGAUGGGCACUGGAGUAACGUCACUGACCAAAUUCAUAUGCCAUAGUUUUUUUAUAAGAUAUCUGUAAUGAUGGACUUUGGCUGUGAUGUGUUUUAAAAUAGAAUAUGAUGUAUAUAUACAUUAUAUUUUAAUCAUAAUUUAAAUAUGCAUUUCUAGAAAAGCUUGCCCAUUUUAAUUGCAAAAUUGUAGAUUAUAUUGUGUCAGAGGAGAAAUAAUAUUUGAUAGAAACUGUUAUUGAUGUGUAUAUAUUGCUGUUGUGAUUGGUGUCAAAUCAGCUUAAUAUUCAGUUACCAAUAUAGUUGUUUAACUCUAUAUCUUACGGGUUGGUAUCUUACAAAGUAAUUUAAUUUUCUCCUGUACUGUUCAUCAGUGUUCACUUCAAGGGCAUUAAUUAACCAUUAUUAUAUAACUUGUA